AUGGGUAUACACGAGGGUAACCGGGACGGUCAAUACUUCCAGCUUACCGAUGAAGAACAAUCUAUUGGGUCCGAGAAAACACGAAUUGGAAAUGACGAUCAAGAGAGCGAGCAUGAUGGUGGAUUAUACUAUGAUGUCAAGGAACUCAAAUCUCUGCGACGGCCCGCCCACGAUGGCACACGUCGUUAUCGAUUUCUUGUCGGCUGCGUAACUACUCUCACUCUCAUCUUUUCAAUUCUCCAGCUCUUAGCCAUAUUAAGAGGCGGUAUGCACAUUCCUCACAGAGAAGAAGUGGCUCCAAAUCAAUCACUAGAGAAACAUGAACCAGAAACGACGUCUUCUUCCAAUUUCGACUGGCCCUGUGGCAUAUCAGCGGAGGAGGCGAAGAAAGCAGGCUGCUAUUUCGACAUGGGCUUGAUAGCCUGGCUGCCACACGCAUGCUACAACAAAGAACUCGACGAAUCUUUCCGUGCGCUCAAUGACUGGCCAUUUUGGCUCCCAAAUGAUGAGAAUACGGGACCCAAUCUCACAAAGCCAAUUACUGUUGAGAGGCUACAGGAUCUGCCGCUUCAGAUGGUCGAUUUGGAUUGGCCGGGACACAGUUGGUCGACAUUGAUGUUCCAUGAUGCUCAUUGCCUGCAUGCAUGGCAGUAUAUGCAUCAGGCGCUGCUGAAGAAUAAGAAGAUUCCUACAUCCAUUACGAGAUGGUCGCACACCACUCAUUGCUCGCAUGAAGCCUUAAUGGAUACCUCGAAUGUUACAUACAGAGAGAUUAGCCCGACUGCUCACAACCGUUAUCCUGCGUGUGUCGAGGUGGAUAGUAUGAAAGGACAGAUGCCUGAUUUGUAUUAA